UCUCUCUCUCUCUCUCUCUCUCUCUCUCUCUCUCUGUCUCUGUCGUACUCUUCAAUGCUUGCUCCCAAUUGUUUCGACCUUGUCGAAGUUUGAACAAACCCUAGCGAAAUGGGCGAUCGUUACCUCGAAAGCCCUAGCAUUUGAUCUCUCGAAGCGCUAGUUAAUGGCGACGUCCACUUUCCGAUCGACAAUGAGGAGGGCCGGGGACGCCGGCUCCUCCACCCGCGGCGGCGGAGGCGGCGGCGGCGGCGGAGGCGCCCUGCAGCACCGCCGUUCGCGGAGCCUCAGCCGCGGCCCCGCGCGGUUUCCUCCGGCGACGCCUCCGUCGGAGUCUGGCGAGUUCGCGACGCCGCGGGGGAGGUUCGUAAACAAGGUGAGGGGGGCGGGGUUCCCGGAGAUCAGCCUCGACGAUCUCGCCGACGAGUUUUUCCGGGCGAGGGCGGAGUCCGAGGGGGAGGAUGAUGAGGAGGCGGCGAAGGUGGGGGGCCGCUCGGGUCGGAGGCUUUCGGGGGCGAGGUAUGCGAUGGAGACGGAGUCGUCGCAGCGAAGGGGGAGGUCGGUGUCGAGGCCACGGCCCGAUCGGAAGGGUUCGGCGAUGGCGAAUGGGAACGGGAAUGUGUCGAACGGCGGGUUGCGGCGGCAGAGGUACUCUUCGGUCGAUCGCCAUGGGCGUUGGGAUUCGGAGAAUGACAUGGAUGUAGCUCAAGGCUACAACACAAAAACCACAUUGAGAAAAUCCAGCAAUGGGAAUGUCCGGCAAACUUUGUUACAUAAGCCAACUAAAGAAGAACACACAAUGAGGAGGUCUAUGAGUCAAAAGGAUUUCUUGCUGUCACAUGAUAGCUCCUCAAGCCAUUCGUCGCUAACUGAUGAUGAAGCUCGAGAUCUUCGUUCGACUCAAAGCAGAAAUGAGAAGACAAUACAGACAGUUUAUGCUCAAGCAAAGGACCAUCCUGUAGGUGAUGACGAUGGGACUGGACUCUAUGAAGCAAUGCGCAAGGAAGUAAGGCAUGCAGUUGAUGAGAUUAGGACGGAGCUUGAAAAGGUCAUGGCAAAAGCUGACCCAAAAGGCAUAGUUAAUAAUGACAUACAAUCCACCCAAGUUAUCUCAGAGUUGAGAAGAGACUACUCCAGCAAAUUAGAAGAGUCGGAGAAGCGCAAGCAGGAACUGUUAGCUGAAUUAGCUGCAGAAGAGCAACGUGGUCAGGAGCUCACUAAAAUAGUAAAAGAAUUGCUUCCAUCAUCCCAGAAAGCUACUACUCCAGAAAGACAAUCACGAACUAGAAGACGAAGUAAUGAUAGAACAAGAGUAUCCAAACAUCUGAUUGAAGAGGCGGAGCGGUACUUUGAGGAUUUCCUCUCAAAUGUUGAAGAUACUGAUAUAUCAUCUUUUGAUGGUGAAAGAAGUGAUGCGAGUUCAACAAGAAGAGAUGUCGCUAUACAUACUAUUGUACCUGAAGUACACGUGGAUGCAACAAAAGUUACUUCUUCGCCAGCUGAGACAGAUGGUGUUGUUCUUCCUUGGUUGCAAUGGGAAACCAGUAAUGAUAUUUCCCUCUCACCAUGCAAAACUAACUCAGAAACUGCGAAGGGGGAAAGCUCAGCAUAUGGCGACUGCAAUCACCUAGCAAGCAGUCGAGGGAGUUGGAGUCCUGAAACAAACAACAGUUCUGCGGUCUCUAAAGACAAAGUGCGAAGCACGUUUGGAGAAGUCGGAAGCCGCAGCAUAAGCAUUUCUUCUCUGGGUCAUAUUAAAGGAUCUUCUUCAUUCAAUAUGGAUGAGUACUUGCAUUUGAAGAGCAGUGAAGAUUUCCUUUUUGAGGUACUGAAGCAGAGGCAAAGAACAGAUUCAGGUAGCCUGAUCUUAUGUGGAAGAACACUGUUUUAAAUUUGUGAAGUUUUUGUCUUUAGCGUGUCGAAUCGAGUGUACAUAUGCAUGGGUCUGCUUUAAUCUAAUUUGAAACUGCAAUUUUCUGUGGAUUCGAAACUUAUAUUUUCACUGGCAGUUACGUAUGUUCCUAAAAUUCCUGCAGCUGAAUGUUCCACUAGGGCUUGCUUUCUUCUAUGUCAACUUACUAUAAAAUGCGCAGAUAGUCUCUCUACUUCAAUAAUAUUGGGACUUAGUUCUCUGAUUUUUCGGUAA